AUGAAGCAGUUGGCUAGACGCUACGUUUGGUUCCCGGGCAUUGAUAGGCAAAUUGAAAAUGUGCAUGCUACUGGCGCUAUCUGUCAAGCAAGCGCAAAUUUGCCAAAACAAGAAUUUUCACCUUGGCCAGAACCGUCAGGUCCCUGGGAAAGACUUCAUUUGGAUUUUGCGGGUCCCUAUUUCAACCGUAUGUGGUUAAUCGUGGUAGAUGCUUAUUCGAAAUUCCCAUAUACAAUAGAAUUGGCAGCGGCAACAACUAUGACGGCAAUCGCUGCACUCCAACGCAUUUUCUCUGUGGAGGGUCUGCCAAUAACCAUUGUUACAGACAAUGGUACGCAAUUCACAUCGCGCGAAUUUAAAGAGUUCUGCGAGCGUAACGUCAUUAAGCAUCUCACCACUGCUCCUUUCCAUCCAGCGUCAAAUGGACUUGCGGAAAGGGGGGUAAGAACUUUUAAAGAGGCUUUCACAAAAAUUAUGAGAGAUGAGCAGCAUAUCGUGCUACGCCAAAUCCAGUUUCAGGCAAAUCGCCAUCAGAAUUGCUGCAUGGUCGUCAACCGAGAAUCGUUUUGGCAGCAUUAUUUCCAAGUAACAACGAAAAGGUGGAAACUAAGUCUAAAUUUGCAGUGGGGGGAAAUAUAUUUGCUCGUAACUACUCCGGAUCUCAACGGUGGAUACGCGGAAAUAUUCACAAACUUAUGGGCAACAAAAGUACUUAUCCAAACAUCUAAUGGUGCCAUAAAACUACAUCAAAACCAAAUGCGUCCAGAUAAACACGACUAUUUAAACGAUAGCAUAGAUCCUGAGGACAUCGAGAUCGACACCAACGCCUUGGACAGCAAAAGAGAAUUGGAUACCACGGGUAAAAGAUCAUCGUUAACAGAUGUUCCAGCUCCUUCAGCAUGCAAUGAAGAUAUAGGCCUUCGAAGAUCACAGCGUACAAGGAAACCGACUGUUAGAUUUGAUAUUUGA